AGGCGCUUUUCGAUCAAGUGAAAACAGUCAUGGUAGCGGAGCCCUGAGCCACCUGUGCCAGGGCAUCCGAGGGUCCUUUUCUUUCUAGGUAGCGCCCUUAGGUCUGUAGGCCUGUAGUUCAUUCGAAGCCAUUGGAUUGUGAGUCAACGUCGACCAGGGAGCAUGGCUGGCCUUUCGCCCGUUGAGAUCGGGCAGCUGGUGCAAGCGGCCACACAAGCUGCUCAAGCAGCAGCGGACGCAGCUGCGGCAUUGCGAGCAAGUCAGGCCUUCUUCGAGGAAAACCACUUCGCAUGAUACUGCAGAUUAGUGAGCGCAACGGCUUUGAAGCCUGGCGCCAGUUGAGCCAGCUCUACAAGCCGAGGACAAAGAGUCGGUCAGUUUCUUUGCUGUCAGCAUUGAUGAACCUCCCUCCUUUCACGAAAGACCGAACUUUGCUGGAACAGGUCUUAGGGCUUGAGCGCCUUCGAGAUGAAUACAGACGUUCAAGCGGUGCUGAAGUUCCAGAUGACUUGAUGCUGUCAGUCCUUGUGAAAUGUCUUCCUGGACACAUCCGCCAACACAUCCAACUGCAGCUUACGGAGACGAGCACUUAUGCUGAGACGAGACGAGCUGUUGUCGGUUAUGAGUCCGUGACCGCCUCGUGGGCUCCUUCAAAGAUUCACAUGGAACUUGGCAUUGUUGGCAGCAAUAGUUCGAGUUCGGAGCCCCCAUGGAAAUCGAUCUUGUUUCAAAAGGCAGUUCGUUUGCUCUCCAUUGAAGAGCUUGCAGACAACGAAUUCGAUGAAUACGAAGUGUUCGACUUGACGGUGUAUGACACGUUCGAGGGAUCGUGUAAGCCCAUUGGGGUUCAUGACGUGCGGAUUGCAGAGCUCCGGUUUGGAUCAGUGGCAUUUCGCGAGAGAUUUGUCAGUGCAAAUGUCACUGCUCCCUUGAUUUCGAUGGGUAGGAACUUUUCAGCGCAACAUGUGGACACGACCCUCUGUCCUGCAGAAGGUUUGUGGCUUCGAACCACCUUGGUGAAGCUCAUUGACGGAGAGUGGAUUUUGGACGAGUUUGGUGAAAGCGUCAGUGAUCUAGAAUCUUUGACAACUCCAAUUGUGGCCCCAAGAGCCAUUGCGGAAGUCAUCACUAUUGCCCACGCUGAACUCUUGCCUCCAGAAGACCUUGGUUUUGACUUGAGUGACGAUCACUUUGGUGUGUUGAAACGUGCUGCACCUCCCCGUCCUGCGGACGUCCCUGCUGCCCCAGGUGACGCAGAGGUUCCCGCUCACGAACGUGAUGACAGCGCGGACCCCAGAGAAGUCAUUGUGAAUGGCAUGAGAUUGGACACCAACAGUCCUUUGCGGGUUCUUCGUGACGCUUGCCAGCACCUGGGACUCUCAACCAGAGGAAACAAGUUGACCUGCCUCCAGCGUAUGUGGCAACACCUACAAGCACAAGAACUGAUUUCUGCAAGUGCAGCUGAGCGCAACCUGAAGGAUGAAACCCAACGCUCUGCAAAUGCGCAGCCUCAACCCAAGGCGCCAAGCGCUGAAGUAGUUGCAGAACAUAAUUUGACGCAUUACCCAUUUGCAUCCUGGUGCGAACUCUGCGUUGGGGCACGUAGCAGGCAAGAUGUCCAUCCGCGCGAGUCUCGAGAAGAGUCACGUAGUGGUCACUCAGUUGUUUCUUUUGACUUUGGGUUCUCUGGAAGGCUCGAGUCAGAUGCUGAUCGCAAACUCUGUGGCUUGUAUAUUCAAUUCACCGGUGCCAUGCACUGUGUUCCCACUGAUGCCAAGGGAGGUCGUCGUCUGAAUUACCUGUGUACUGAGUUAGUUCGUUUCAUUGUUUGGCUUGGUCAUGAGGCUGUAGGCCUGAGGUGUGACAAUGAGCCUUCAACUUUGAGCCUUUUAGAUGCUGCCCGAAAGACGUUGAGAGCGCUUGGCAUCUCAGCCCGAGCUGAACCUGUAAAGGGAAGUCCAAGGUGGUGCAAGGGCAUUUGGCUAGGCAAGACCUUGAACAAUGAUGUCCAUAUUAUUGGUGUUGGGGAGAAAGUUUUUGUCACAAGAAGUGUUCGCAGACUCGAUCCACCUUUCAACUCUGAUGUGAUUGCUGGAUUUGAGAGCUAUCCAUGGGACUACGGAUAUGCCUCUUUGGGUGCUCAACUUGUUCUGGCCAAGAGAAUUGUUCCUCCAACUCCUUUUCCUGCCAUCGGUGUGAGAGACCCCGGCCGGCCACCGCCACGCGAUCUAGAUGCUGAGGCUGUCAUGAAUGUUCCUCCAACUCCGGAUGAGGCCCCGCCAGGUCCUGCGCCGGGAAACCCAGCAGGAUACCCAGUUCCAAAAGGUGCACCUGUGACACCACCACUUGUUGUUCCUGAUGACGUGCCUCGACCUGAAGCCCCUGAUGUAGCAAUGCCGGCUCAGGCGGGGCAACGACCGCCUAUGAUGCCUCCACCAGCUUCUGCUGUCAUGGUGCCUCGAAUGAUGCCUCCACCAGCUUCUGCAGUCAUGGUGCCUCGAGCUUCUUCAGGAACACGUGAGCGCGACGUUGAAGCAGCCUUGGACCAGUUGUGUGUGCCAUAUACUCUGUUGAAAUGGCACGCCUGAAAGGUCUUGGAGUGCUUCUGCCUCUUUCUGAGUUGGAUACCUCAGUGACCCCAAAGACUCUGACCACUCGUUUUGUCAGAGCGUGGAGGGAUAAGAAGAGGAAUGGUGCGCAUGUGUGGUUGCGUCGUUCGCGCUAUGUGGCGCGUGAGUAUGCUUGGCUGACUCCAGAGCGUGAAGAUUUGUUUUCGCCUGCAUCAAGUUCACUGACCACUCGUUUGUUGCCAAUCUUGUUCUUGAAGCUUCGUUUGCAAGGUUUUGUUCUAUCGGCAAUAGAUGUGGCAGAUGCUUUCCUGACCGUUGAGC